CUUAAAAUAUUGUAUUCUUUGACCAAUAAUACAAUUAAAAUAAAUAAGUAUUGUUUAUACUAAAUUUAUUUAUAAUUGGCUUAUACAUUUUUUUAAUGAAUUUUUACAAUUAAGUUUCCUUGACAAUUAUAUGUAAAUGUUGAUUUUAUCGACAUUUCAGUUCACUUCGUUUUUUCCAGUGAAAAAUAAACUAUCGUCUUGUGUAAUUAUUAAGAUUUAUUUAAUUAGUUAUUGAUAUGGCAAGUGAAAAAAAUAUUUUUGGUCAAACAAAUGAAUCAAACUUACAUAAGGUCAUACGCAGAGUUGAAGAAAUAUGGAAUCGUCGUUUCAUGCAUUCCAAUUGUGUUUUAAAUAAUACAAAUAAAGGACAAAUAUCAAAAAAGUCAACUAAAGAUGGAAGAAUUAUCUCAAUUAUUAAUAAAAAUAUUUAUCCUAUAAAAAAUUCCAUUAUUCCAAAAAAACGCACGUAUCGAAAAACGAAUAAAAAUGAUAAAAUUAUUCCAGAAAAAUUGAAUAUGACACAAGAAAGAGAAUUCGGAAAACUUUUUCAGAAUGAAAAAUCUGAAAAAUAUAAAAAUGAAAUUUUAAAUUUAACAGAAAAAAAAAAUAUAGCAAUUUCAAAAGACAAUCCGCUAUUAAUAUCAGCUGAUUUGUUAGAAAAGUGUUUUCAUAAGAAAAAUUUGGAACGCAAAAAAUCCGAAAUAAAAAAACAACUUUUUGAGAUAUCUUCUAAUACUACUGCUCGACCAAAUUUAAAAAGAAAUUCAUCCGAAGAAGAUGAAAAAGUUAUAAAAAAGCCAAAAGUUAGUUCUAAUCCUUUGACCUUAAAUACGCCGAAUGACGUAAAUUUACUUGCUCUGUCCACUAUUGAAGUAAUAAAAGUACCAGAGAAAGAAAAAGAAGUAAUGCAAGAUCAUAACACAAAAUCUAUUGAUCAGUAUAAUGCACCUUCAUUUAAAUCGCUCACAUCAUGGUAUACUUCAGACACAAUUAAUGAGUACAUUAAAAUGAUAGUAAAACGGUCAGAAGGUGAAGUUUAUGCAGUUGUCACUGAUUUUAUUGUAGCGUAUCUUCGAGGAGGUUAUCCAGCUGUAAGAAGAUGGAUAAAAAAAGAUAUUCACACAAUAAAAUUACUUUUUGUGCCCAUGAAUGUAUAUGAGAGUCAUUGGAUAUUGACAGUGGUUAAUAUACCUGAAAAGACUGUGACAUCAUAUGAUAGUCUUAAGUCGUAUGAGGGUCCCNACAUCAUAUGA